AACAUUAAUUAAAACUACCAAACAUCUUUUCAGCUCAUGCUGAUUGCUGAUAUUGCCGCCAUUUUUAUUGUUUUCUUGUAUCCUGAUUUUAUUUACGAAACAAAGUGAAUUAAUUGUAAGAAGUUAUAGAAUAAAAUAUUUUACAUAUUUUAUAUUUGGAACAAAAUUAACUUAUUUGGGUACUAAUCACCUUGUCCUAAACGCCCUGGUUGAAUAAUAGAUACAAUGAAACGCGACGCUUACGGCGACGAUGGUCCCAUGCAGAAGCGCCAGCGGCAAACCGACGAUGAAGUCACCUUCCUUAUACCGAGCAAGGUGGCCGGCUCAAUUAUCGGGAAAGGGGGUUCGAAUAUAUCCAAGUUGAGGAAUGAGUACAAAGCCUCUAUAACAGUCCCAGAUUGCCCCGGCCCCGAACGAGUUCUGUCCAUAACGGCGUCGGAUAUCGACACGAUUAUGGAAAUUGUAAAAGAUAUACUUCCAAAUUUGGCUGAUGGUGCUCCGAAGGGCGGCACCAGUGACGACUUGGACGUCCGCCUACUGAUACAUCAAAGCCGAGCCGGUUGUGUCAUCGGCAAGGCUGGAGCCAAGAUCAAAGAGCUGCGAGAGAAAACUGGCGCCCGGUUGAAAAUCUUUUCGAACCCCGCGCCGCAGAGCUCGGAGCGAGUCGUGCAGCUUGUGGGCAAGCCGGACGCCGUCGCAGCCGGAGUGAGGGAGGUGCUGCAUCUCAUACGGCAGGUACCGAUCAAGGGUGGUAUUCAGAAUUACGAUCCGCACAACUACGACGAUUUCUACGCCGACGAAUAUGGCGGCUUCGGCAGCGGUCAAGGACCUCGGGGUGCCGGACCUCGCGGAGGACCACCGCGCGGACCUCCGCGUGGACCCCCGCCCAUGGGACCCGGCGGCAGGCCGCCCCCGCCCCGGGGAGGUCCCCCUAUGGGCCGCAAUGGUCCCCCGCCACCGAGAGCGUUCAACGACUUCGCGGGUCCCGGACCUCGCGGUAACUUCAAUGGUCCGCCUCGUGGAAACUUCGGUGGAGGCGGCGGUGGCGGCGGUGGCGGAGGCUUCGGCAACAAUUUUGGAGGCAACCGCUCGUCGUCCGGUGGCAACUUUAAUGGAAAUGGUGGCAACCAGCAAGAGACCACCCAAGUUACUAUUCCCAAAGACCUGGCGGGCGCCAUCAUCGGCAAGGCGGGCUCGCGCAUCCGCAAGAUCCGCGCGGAGAGCGGCGCCGGCAUCGAGAUCGCCGAGCCGCUGCCCGGCGCCGCCGACCGCAUCAUCACCAUCACCGGCACCAAGCCGCGCAUCCAGAAGGCGCAGUACCUGCUGCAGCAGAGUGUACACGAGAGCAACCCGAACCUCGGACGUGGCAAUUUUUGAUUCUAAGUAAUUGAUGAAAUAGGAUCUAAGAUAACUUAAGUCACCUCAAAUCAUUAAUACUGAAUAGGACACUACUGUGUAUCUGAGGCUCACAUUUGUAACUGAACUUUUUACCAAUAUGAAAUAUCAAAUAAAUAAUGUUUAUAUAAUAUAAAAUAUUAAGAAGAAAUAAAAAUAAUAACAUACGAUGAGACAUUACAUUAUUCUAACUCCGUAAUAAUAAACUUGAAUUUGUAAUACAUGUCAAUCCUCGAAUUAAGACUCGGUUUUGUUUCUUCGUUCUAUACCAAGAGAAACGUUUUCAAUAACCACCUUGAUUUCAUUAUUAGGAAAGAAUAUAGAUUAUAUUCAUUUUAUUGUUUUUCGAUUUUGAAAAAUAUAUCAACCUAACAAAAUAGGUAGUAACGUCCAUUAUGAAACAUCCUACUCUUGAAUCUUUUUAAAGAUAAAUAUAUGCAUAUAAAUAAUCAGAGUACUGUUUUUUAUAAUUUUUCAUAAUACAGUGGAUUUCGGGUAUAACGACGAUGAAGGGACCACUGUUAUUUCGUCGUUACAUCCGGAUGUCGUUACAGGCGAAGGCGAAAAGAUACAGACAUGUACAUGGUUUAUAUUCAUUUAUUGUUAAAAAUAUUUGCACACAUAGUUAUUUAUUGAUACAUUUAAAAAAUUGUGUAAUAUUACUUUGCUUCAAUUAAUUUUUCUGUGCUAGCAUACAUAGCUGUAGGAUGUAUUCUAUUUUCAUUACGCCUUCAAUGUCUAUAGUAUCCUUUCCAUCACCAAAUAGACAAUAUCUUUUGAGCCUUGUCACAGCACAUAACACAUCCUCAGUUGUAGGAAUCUCACCUUCCUUGCCAUCUUCUUCCUCCUCAUUUUCGUCAUCUUGCCUCGUAGGUGAUGGAACAACAGUUUCAACAAUUUCAUUAUCAGUCAAAUUGCUAGUGGUGAUAAGCUGACUGUCAAUAUUGACAUAUGUUUCCCAAUCCGCAACAUUUGUUCCGCUUGACGAUGUUGUCAGCUGUGCCAAUGGUAUGUCCAACUCAUCGUCAGAAUCGUCGUCAAUUGUUGUGAUAACCGAAGAUUUACAGAACCCAUCGUGUAGAAAACACUUUUUGAUCGUAUCAGGAGUCACUCGAGCCCAUGCCGUAGUUAUCAUCUCAAUAGCAUCUAAAAGAUUCACGGAAAAUGAGCCUGCCGCAUUUUCAAUGUCGUUCAUCAUUUUCUGUACUAAAAUCUUCCGAUAAUGACUUGAGGGUUUUAAUUAUCCCUUGAUCAAUAGGUUGAAUCACCGAUGUUGUGUUUGGUGGUAAAAAUGCCAGUUUUAUGUUGGUCAAAUUUUCAAUUUUAUGCUGAGCUGGGCAAUUGUCAAUAAAUAAAAUGAUCUUAUUUUUUUAUUUCUUACCUAGUAGUCCCAUUUUCGUAGAACGUUUUUGAAAAUAUCUGAAGUCAUCCAGGCCUUUUUAUAUGCUUGGUAGUCAAUUGGUAAAGAUUUAACAUUUUUGAAACACCUGGGCUUUUUUGCCUUGCCUAUGACCAAUAAUUUUCUUUUUUCCCCUGCCAUGCUUGAUGCAACAAGCACGGUGAUUCUAUCUUUUGAUAAUUUUCCACCUACGCACUUUUCUCCUUUAAAUUUCAAUGUUUUUUCAGGCGUUAGCUUAAAAAACAAACCUGUCUCUUCUGCGUUCCAUAUUUGGCUAUUAUAUAUAAUUACCUAGCUAAUAUCUAUAAACAAAAGAUAAGAAAGCUCUUUUUUGUGACUUUGGCGGCCGACUCCGGUCGCAGCAUCUGCAUGGGAUUUACAAGAAUUUAUUACAAACUAUUCAAUAAAAACAGUCGCUACGCCCGAACUCGACGUUACAUCUAAAGUCGCUAUAGCCAUAUGUUUGUACAUACUAUAGUAUGCUUUAAUUCAAGGGACUUAGAUUUAACGUCACUAUAGACGAAUGGUCGCUAUAACCAAGGUCGUAAUAAAUGAAAUCCACUGUAUAAGGAUGUUGCGAUUUCUAAGAUUUGAAUUAGACAAAGAAAUAUUAUACAUGUUCAAAGUACCUGCGAUUAAUAUCAGCUGAAUGGAAACAUCGGUAAUGAAAUUUCCUUUUAUUAUAAUCACAUCGAAUUAUGAAUGUGGUGGGCUGGUUGCAAUCAAUAGAAACAUCGACAUAAUCCAUAUAUAAUAUUAGUUGUGAUUCCUAUUUUAAAACACUUGUUCUUUACUCAUUUGCUGUUUGAUAAUAAAAUAAUAAUUCGUUUUGAUGAAUCUGUUAUUAAUAAUCUACCCUGCACAUAGAACUUACCUGCUAUUUACGGGUUUUUAAUUUAACCAGUAAAUUUUAAAAUCGUAAGAGAAUGCAUUUAUCAUUAAUAAUUAUAAAGUUAUUUAACAAAUAUUGUGUUUAAUGGUAAUGAUUUAAUUUUCGGAUGAUUUGUUACAUCGAUCUAUUUUUAAGUGAAUAGCAAAUAAAAUAAAAGGUUUAUUUUGUGAAAA